AUGGUGGCUAUUAUCUUUCUAAGCUUGGUUGCGGCCCUGUUGGCUCGCAGCACCUCAGCCGCGCCAUUGUUUUCCACCACGUCCAGCUCAUUUCGUCUUGACGUUCACUCCCACGUCGUUCCCGACCUCUACAAAGAAGCCCUUAUACAAGCCGGAUACCCAGUCACCAACGGAACAGUGUACACAAGCGGAUUCCCAGUUCCCUCAUGGGACCUGGCCACCCACAUCGAGGCUAUGGACCUGAACCAGGUCAAUUAUUCUAUACUCUCUAUCAGUGCACCAGGGGUCAACUUUCUUGCAGCGAAUGGGACAGCAGCCAGCAAGUUGGCGAGGAAUCUCAACUUGGCUAUGUACAACUAUACACAGACGUAUCCCACCAGACUUGGAGCGAUGUGUGUGCUGCCGUUGCCGCACAUCGACUUGGCCCUCGAAGAAAUCGAAUUCUGCCUCGACACGCUUAAGUUUGAUGGCGUAGGUCUAUACACUAAUGUGAACGGGACCUAUCUCGGCGACAGACUCCUGAAUCCUGUUUUCGCCCUUCUCAACAAUCGCUCGGCGACUGCUUUCACUCAUCCAGAAGCACCCGGCUGUGCCGGUGCGGCACUUGGUUACCCACCUGGAAUGAGUGAAUACCCCUUUGACACAGUUCGCGCCAUGGAAAACCUACUUCUCACCGGGCAACGGAGAGAUUACAGCAACAUUAAACUUAUAUUUGCUCACGGGGGCGGGGCGAUGCCUUUCGUGGCCAACAGGAUCGCCGGGCAGGCCGAGUUAGUCUCCAAGGGAACUGUCAAUGCAUCAGAGACGCUGGCACAAUUCCAAGGGUAUCUCUUCGACACUGCCAGCGCAACAUCGGCAGCCCAAUUGUUGGGCAUGAAAGAGUUCUACGGUGGGGAUGUCAGUAAGAUUGUCGUGGGGACGGAUUACCCAUAUGUUCAUCAACCUCAGGCCGAGUCCGGACUAAAAGUCAUAAAUUCUAAUGGCAAUUUCAGCCCCGAAGAAAUGUCGUUAAUUAACGGGCGUAAUGCGCUUGCCGUGCUUCCAGCUGUGGCUGACAAGUUGGGUCUUCGAUAA